GUGGCGCCAAAAGCGGCGAAGAAGACACUCAAACAUGGCGAUGUCCUCAGCACUCACGCCGCUGCGGGCUCUGCUGUCACUCAGGAGUAAGACUCUUGAAAUUAAUAAAGACAUCAGGUCGAGAUGGGCUUUUAUUCGUCAGUACAGGUCUAAACCUGAUGUCGUCCAUACACGUCGUCAUUCUCCGCCGGAAACUAUUAAUAAAGCUCAUCCAGAUUAUCUUCACGCCAAAAACCUGCUGUACAACACGCUGUCCAGAUCUGUGGGUCUGUCUAAUGUUUCUCAGUACCUCAAGUUCAGCUGCACGGAUGGGGAGGUCAAGAGGGCCACGGUUACUCUUCUUUGGCCCGUGAGGAUCGAGACUGAAGGCUUCGGGUCCCGCAAACAGGAGGCGGAGCGAAACGCAGCAGCCGCAGCUCUACAGAAACUUUGCGAGCUGGGAGUUUAUGCUCCAGGAAAGCGGCGGCAGGAAGCUGGAAUGCUGAGAAUGAAAGACAGACAGACAUCGCUGUGUGACAAUGAGGAGGAAAAUCAUCUCCAAUCUCUGCCCAUCCAGAAGAAAACACAGAAAGACAGAGCUCACGGGCUAGUGGAAGAGGAUUCGAGACUGUCAGAGGCGCUGGCCAUCUUCCCUCGGCCGAGGACUCUACUGGGAAGUGUUAUUCAGGUGGCCACCUCCUCCUGUAGAGUCAGGGAUCUGCUUCAGUACAAGACCAGCGGUGGGAAAGUAAAAGUGUGUGAGCUGAACGUCCUCUGGCCGACACCCAUGACCUUCACUGCUAGCGGACGCCGCAGACUGGAGGCGGAGGCCAACGCUGCAGCACUGGCCUGUCUGAAGCUCAAGGAGCUGAAUCUGCUGGAUGAGCAGAAUAAGCCUCUGACCCACGCCCGGUACCAUCAGGAUCAGGUUCGAGAGGCCGGAGAGAGACACCGACAGCCCUGCCGGAUGCAGAUCCCAGAGCAGCUGGAGCUCAGGAUACAGCAGUACCUCUCACAGUAUCCAGUGGAGGCGGAGGUUCAGAAGCUGUGGGAUGAAGAGGAGCAUCAGUCGUCCUCCAUCAGUACAGCUGCAGAUGAUUAUGAUGAGGAUGAGUUUAUAACAGACGCCAUCACUAGUAAACCAUACCGCGCUCUGGAGCCCAAGGAGGCGGAGCAUCUCAGUCAACGCCUCCUCAGCAUGUGGAAGAGGGUGGGGCCUGCCCGGGGGGCGGAGCUUCCUGUGGACGCCCAUAAAGAGAGCAUUCUGGAGGCGGUGAGGUCUUCACAGGUGGUGGUGAUUUCAGGAGAGACGGGCUGUGGGAAAACCACACGAAUUCCACGCUUCCUGCUGGAGGAUGGAGUUCUGAGGGGAGAAGGGGCCGAGUGUAACGUGCUGGUAACACAGCCGCGGAGGAUCAGUGCAGUGUCUGUGGCUCAGCGGGUGGCGCAUGAGAUCGGGCCCGCACUGCAACACUGUGUGGGAUACCAGGUGCGUCUGGAGUCACGUCCGCCGGAGCGCAGUGGUGGCGCUCUGCUGUUUCUGACCCUCGGUGUGCUCCUGAAGAAGCUGCAGUCGAACCCGCGUCUGGAGGGCAUCAGUCAUGUGAUUGUGGACGAGGUGCACGAGCGGGACGUGCAGACGGAUCUGCUGCUGCAUCUGCUGCGCUGUGUGCUCUCGCUGAGGCCCGAGCUGAAGGUGCUGCUCAUGAGUGCCAGCGGCGACUCACAGAGACUGGCGCAGUAUUUUGGUGGCUGCCCGGUGCUCCGCGUGCCCGGCUUCAUGCAUCCCGUGCGAGCGCGGUUUCUGGAGGACAUGCAGCUGGAUAGCAGACGCCCUCUGCUGGAUAUGGGCAGCACACAGUGGAGCGCUGAGGUCAGAGGACGGAUGGGGAAGGAAGAAAAUAACGUCACUCCCGAUCUAGAUCUGGUGGCAGACGUGAUUGACCACAUUCACCGCACUGGAGAGCCGGGUGCAGUGUUGUGUUUUCUGCCCGGAUGGCAGGAGAUUAAAGCUGUACAGCAGCAGCUGGAGGAAAAACAGGCCUACAGGUCCGGCUCGCAGAUCAUUUUGCCAUUGCACUCCAGUAUGGCGGUGUCGGAGCAGCAGGUUGUUUUCCAGCGUCCUCCGGCCGGCCAGCGGAAGAUCGUUCUGGCCACAAACAUCGCCGAAACCUCCAUCACAAUCGACGACAUCGUGCACGUGGUGGACGCAGGAGUGCAGAAGGAGCAGAACUACGACCCCAGAACUAAAGUCUCUGCGCUGAAUACCGUCUGGAUUUCACAAGCAAACGUGACUCAGAGAAGAGGACGAGCCGGACGCUGUCAGCCUGGACAUUCUUAUCAUCUUUUCCCCAGAAAGCAGCUGGAGCGCAUGGAGCCGUUCCCCGUGCCGGAGAUCCUGCGCACUCCUCUGGAGAGUGUGGUGAUGCAGGCCAAGAUCCACUGCCCCGAGAGCAAAGCUGAGGAUUUCCUGUCUCAGGUGCUGGAUUCUCCGGACACUCAGGCAGUGAGAACCGCUGUGAAGAACCUCAUGGAUAUUGGUGUGCUGGACGCGUCUGAGGAUCUGACUCCUCUGGGUCAUCACGUGUCCUGCAUGUCGUGUGAUCCGCGUCUGGGGAAGGUGUUGGUGUUCUCGGCUCUGUUCUCCUGUGUUCAGCCUGUGCUCUCAGUGGUGGCCUGCCUGACCCGAGACCCCUUCUACAACAGCCUGCAGAACCGCACACUCGUCUCCAAGGCGAAGGCGGAGCUGAGCGGCUCGAGCGGCAGUGAUUAUCUGGUGUUCAGUCGUGUUGUUCAGAGCUGGAGAGAGCAGCACAGCAGAGACAGCAGACAGGACUAUCUGGACAAACACACACUGUCUGGAGCCAGUCUGCGCUUCAUCCACGGCCUGAUGCAGCAGUUCAGUGAUAAUCUGUGUGAGGCGGGUCUGGUGGAUCAUUCAGCGGAGUGUUUGAGGCUCUCGUCUCCUGUGAACCAGCAGAGCAAAGAAGAGCAGCUGAUCACUGCAGUACUGCUGGCCGGACUCUACCCUAACCUCAUACAGGUGAAGAAAGGCGUCGUGACCAAAUCUGGAAGGUUUCGAGCAGAGAACGUGUCGUUUCGCACUGAGAGCGGGCCUGUGCUGCUGCACCGCUCCUCCGUCAACAGGGAUAAGCAGCACCUGUGGAGUCGCUGGCUCACCUUCUUCUCUGCGGUGAAGUCCAGCGGUCAGGUGUUCAUCAGAGACUCCACUGUGGUUCAUCCGCUGGCACUGCUGCUGCUCACAGACUGCGACCUCAGCGAGAGAGUUGUGGGAGACCGUGUGGAGGUUGCGUUGCCAGGUCCUGCACUGAUCCGAUGGGAGUUUUCUCCUGCUGUGUGGGAGUUACUGUGGGAUCUGCGCGCUUCAAUACAGGCCAUGAUCUACCGCAAACUCCGUCAGUCAGAAUGUAAAUCCAGCUCAGAGCAGAGGAAGGACAGUGAGCUGAUAGAUUUAUUAGUGGAUCUCCUCAAUAACACUGAUCCUGACGUGAGCAGAGAUCAGGAGGAUGCACUGAACUCUAGCAAUACUGAAAACGCUGAAGCUGACAGCUGCUAAUGCGUGAGUGUGUGUGUGUGUGUGUUACUGUAAAUUAACAGAGUAAUGUGUUUUUACAUUCCAGCAAAACACUUCUGAAGAUGCUCUUGGUUAAAACUGCACUAGUGUGGCUCAAAUCAGCUGUAAAGGGAGAUCUCACACCA